UUCGCAGUUUUUGUCCAUCGUUCAGUUCGUGUGUACGCGUUUUCUUCGCUGUGUGCGGAGUUUUCUCGCGAGCGGAGUGUUUCCUCGGUUUUUCCUCGAUUAUUUUUCGUCGGUAUUUCGGUUUUCCACUGUGCUUUCCUUGUCCUGCUUGCCGGCUGUGUAAUCGUUGUGGAAUUUGGCAACCCGUGGCCACCGGGAAUAUGAUAUUCCUCGCCAUCAGGGUGAUAAGUUGUAGUGGCAGCAGCAGCAGCAGCUCUGGAAGACGGGGCGUUCCGUGUUGACGGCGAUCUCUUUUUUUUUGUUUGCUGUGUUCGAUUUAUGUGUGUCCUUUUGUUAUUGUCAUAAGAGCAGUUUUUUCGAAUUCGUUUUGCACACAACUUUCGGUGGACGAUCAGCGCAGCCCCAGGAGGUGUGAGCGAUAAAGAGCUGAGUGCUGCGGAGGAGGAAAACGUCUAAAGAGGAUUGACCUUUCGGGUUGGACGGGGAAUUUUUCUGUGCGCGGAGGAUAGCGACUGUCCAGCCGGAGCGAUGUGGAAGUGCCACAAGUGUGGAAAACCAGUGUUUUUCGCGGAGCGAAAACAAUCAUUGGGCUAUGAUUGGCAUCCGGAGUGUCUGCGGUGCGAGGAAUGCGGUAAGCGGCUCAAUCCGGGACAACAUGCCGAACACAAAGGCGUCCCCUACUGUCACGUGCCUUGUUACGGUGCCCUAUUCGGACCGCAGCUAUUCGGCCACGGCACCCGCGUCGAGUCACACAAAAGCUUCGGCCAGCCGGAGCUCAAAAAGCAAGCCACCGCACGAUCCCCAGCGGGUCCUGCUCUGCCACGAGGUCACCUCGAGUCGAAACUGAAGUCAUUCAAUCAGUUUUAUAACAAUAAAAGUCAGGAAAUCCGCAGCAGGGAAGUGAACGGCCGUUUGGUGCUGGAAGGGGCGCUGAGAAUCUACUGGGGAGUGCAGGGGAUCAUUCAUCUGAAGGAAGAUGACGAUCAGCGGACGGUGGUCACGGUGCGGAAGCGAAAUUCCUACCGUUUGAGCAAUCCGAGCUCGAUGGUAUCAGCCAUGCGGGACAUGGUGGAGGACAAAGAGAACCUCAACCCGGACCAGAGCGAUCCGAUGAGCUCUAGCUUGACGGAAGGUCCGGACAACAACGACACGACCACAAUCUCGGAAAGCCUUUCGUACGAUACUCUGAGUAUAUCGUCGGACUUGAACUCCAUCAGCUCGUCCAAGCCAAAUUCCGGAGAAAAUUCCAAAGAAGUGUCCCCAAGCCAUCCGAACGGGACAAACGGAACCGCCGGAAAGUAUGUCACACUGCCUCCGAAGUUGGACGUCAAACAGCUGGAAUGGGAUGAAAUCGACGAAUUGUUGCAAGUCGAACGGAAAGUGGACGAAUCGGAACGAAUCUACAGAACGAUGCCAUCACCGCUACCCUCCCAGCUAGAGGAGGAUCGGAGCGAAAUUUCCGAAAGCAUUACGGACACGGAUUACAAAACCCUGACCCCGCAGAUGGUUACCACCACCAACUCGGCAUCGUCUUCGACGGAUAGCAACAAAACCACAACGACGGCCACGAGCACCCUCAAUGGAGAGGAGGAUUUCCGGACGCCGGAAGGGACGCUUAAAUCGCACGACUUCGAAGCGUUCAAAAUGCAAAUCAGUCAGGAGUUUAUCAACGGAGCGGCGGAUCUGGGCAAUACCGAGGGAACGCUCAAGCUGAACCAGCCGAUUGAUCCGGCCCGGAUCAAUGAUUCGCUCAAGCUGUACAACGAAUCGGUGAUGAACCGGAGUUUGUCCGACGAGCAGUGCCGGAACGUGUUUUCGUUGCCGCAGGGGAAUAUUACAGACUCUUUCCACGUGGUGAACGAUGAAACUCUGAAACAUCCAAGCAAUACCAAACUCUCCUCCCCGGCGAAAUCUCAACUGCAAAACGGCGGCAGCAACGGGCGGACCAAAAUCGCCUACCAGCGACAUCAAUCCGAAUCCCCCUCGGUCACGUCACCCGGAACCGAUACCGACACCUGGACCGGCGAUCGGGGUCUGCUACGGUCCAAAAGCCAGGGCAACAACUACUCCGGCAACAGUUUCAUGGACAGCGACGACGAAGGAACGGAUACCCUGAAGGCCUCGGAUCGACCACAGACGUCGAUCCACAUCAAAAUGGACUGUUACGAUGAGUUGGAUCCGAACCAGAACGGCAACAUCGAAGUGGUUAGCCCAACGGACGAAAGCAUAACGACGGCCAGUUUGUCGACGACUACGACCGUGACGACGACGGCGACGACCACUACGGAGGACGGUGUGGUGCUAAGGAAGCCACCUAAGACGGGUUCAACGGCCAUCAAAAGGCGCUCCGGCAAUCGGCGAUCCCGAACGAAGCUGAAGCGAAGAUGUUCCAUCAACGGGCAUUUCUACAACCGCGAGACGUCCUUCUUCACGCCCCCGCAUGGUUCGCUGAUGAACGUGUGGGUGACGUCGUUGGUCAAUACUCAAGAGGUGAUCAAUCUUCUGCUGGAGAAGUACAAGGUGGAAAGUCGAGCGGAAAAUUUUGCCCUAUUCGUUAUCAAGGAUAACGGGGAGCAGAAGAAGCUGAAGGAUGAUGAUUAUCCACUGGUGUCGCGGAUCAUUCUGGGACCGCACGAGGACAUUGCGAAACUGUUUCUGAUGGAUGGCCAGCAAACGCCGGAGAUCAGCAGCGAAGUGGCCCAGUUUCUGAACCUGUCGAUUCCGGAAUGCCGAGCCAUCCUGGAGCGUUACCACGAGGAGGAACAGCGGGAACUGUUUCGGAUAAGGACGAAAUACGCAGAACUCCGCCGGAGGAUAGUUCAACGGAUGGAAUCGCUAAAAGUCAGGCUGUAGAUCAGAAAGUUUUGGAACUGCAGGAGGGGAGGAAGUCUUGUCGAAUAUACUAACAUCAGAUAAGAAAACAAAAACUCAACGUGUAAUGAGAUAGUUUGGUGGAGAUGGAGAGGGUACUACUAUUUCGUUUUAACUUUAGGCCAAAAUGUGUUGGACGACUCGAAUCGUGGUCAGUUAAGUCAAUGUAAUAUUACGUUCGUUCGUAGGUAGAUCGUAGCGAAAGAAGGUGAGGCGUCUCACCCACAUCUUCGAAUUCUAAUCAAAUAAUUUAUUAGAGGAGAGCUUAAGAAGAGUAGGAUGAGAGUAUACAUCUGUGUAUAAGAAUCAAUAAUCAAUUAUUUAACCAUUCGCAAUCAGCUGUGUAACACUAAUCAUAUUAUAUUUUCUAGGGUAUCUGUUUCAAUCUCAAUAACCUCCUUAUAGGACAAUGUUUCUAGAUUUGGUCGGAAUCAAUUGUGUAGCGAUCGGCGAUUUUUGCCAUUUAUUUUUUAUUAUGUCUGAAGACGUAAACAACCAAGCAUAUGCCAUUUUAUUUGAUGCAUUUUCUGUCUAGUGACAUAACCCAGGAAAGCUGCCUUAUCACGGCCAAUAGUUUUGUCGGAUGAGCCCACUGGUUUUCGAAUAAUUUAUUGUAAAAAAUACGUAAAGUUGGUUGUUCUUCGAGGUGUUCAUGUAAUUGAUCAUAUCAUUUCUUCUAAUUUGAGGAAGAUUAUUACUGCUUUGCCGACAGGUGUUUUUGUUACGUAAAGUCCUAAUAGAACAAAAAGUUUUCUUUUGCGAUGCCAUAUCUCAGGAAUUUAUAAACUAAAAUCCAAUAUUUUUUCACCAUCAUAAAAUCUUAGAAUUGAGUAGUGAAGACCGAUUGGAAUUUCGUGCAGUUUCCGCGUAAAACCAAAUUAAGCAGUUCCACAUAAAUGUAUGUUGUACCUUUUCCGGUUCUAAUUCCUCCAGUGAUUCCUUCGGAAAUGUCCUACUUCAGCAAGUCCACCAGAUAUUCCUUUGGAACUUCCUUCAGAAGUUUUUUUGAAAAUUGCUCCAGGGAUUCUUCGGGAAUUAUUUUGUGCAAUCCUCUAGAAACUUCAUCGGAAAUUUCCCCACAGAUUACUUCUGGAAUUCUUCAGAGAACUCCAUUGGUUGUUAGGAAUCAUUCGGGAAUUCUUGGGAUUCUUUCGGAAAUUCUUACAGGUAUUCUUUUGGGAAUUUCUCAUAGGAAUUCUCCGUGCAAUUCGCCCAGAUAUUACUUGAGAAAAUUCUCCAAAGAUUCGUUCCGCAAUUUCUCCAAGGAUUUUUUCGGGUAUUCUAUCAAAAAUUACUUCGGGAAUUCAUCCAAGGAUUCUUUUAGAUAAUUACUUUGGACGUUCUUUCAGGGGUUUCUCCUGGUCAUUCAAGUGCUAUUCAGAAAAUCCUUCGGGAAUCCCUUCUGAGAUUCCAUUUAGAACUUCGUCAGGGAUUAAUUCGGGCAUUCCCCUUCAGGAAUUCCUUAGUGAUUUCCUCCAAAGGUUCUAUUAGGGGUUCCGCUAGUGAUUCCUUCGGAAAUUCACCCAGUGAUUAUUUAAAGAAGUUCUCCAGGAAUUUCUUCUGCAAUUUCUCCAGGCGAUCAUUCUUCAAUUCAUCCAAAACUUCUUCUAGAAAUUCACUAGGAUUUUUCUGGGCAUUCCUUUAGCAAUUAUGUCAGGCAUUCCUCCAGAAAUUCUAUUUGGAAUUUCUUCAAAAAUACACUUAGGAAUUUCUUUAGGAAUUCACUUAACAAUUUCUCGGAAAUAUGCUUAGUAGUUCCUCUAAGAAUUCCUAUAGGAGUUACCCUAGGAAUUAUCUCAGGAAUUCUACCAGGAAUUACCAUAGAAACUCCCCAGUGAUUCUAUUAGAAAGUCUCCCUAGAAUAGGACAGAUCGGUGACGUACUAGAUUUGUAGUAAUGAGCUGAAUUUUAGUAUGGUGAGAAGGUCAAUUCUCCGUUUCUGCAAUGAAAUGGUGCAAAACGCGUGGGUAUUAUGAUUGCUUACCUGAUUUGAUGCUGUUUGAGCAAAACUUUGGGCAACAGUGUUCUUGUUUUCUCCAUUUCUUGCAACAUAAACAACAUAGUUAUCCAAAGUUUUGCUCAAACAGCAUCAAAUUAGGCAAGAAAUCAUAAUACCCACGCUUUUCGCACCAUUUCAUUGCAGAAACGGAGAAUUGACCUUCUCACCAUACAAAAAUUCAGCUCAUUACUACAAAUCUAGUACUACACCGAACGUGCCCCAUUACAUCAGAAAUUUCUUCAGAUUCCAUUUGGAGUUACGCCUGUGAUUUCCUCGGGCAUUCAUUCAGAGGUUUCAUCGAAAAUUCUCCCAGGAAUUACUGCAGGAAACUCUUCAGGCAUUCCUUUGGCAUUUUUUCCAGCAAUUCAUUACGGAACUCCUCCAGCUGUUCUUUGGGGUACUGCUUCGAGAAUUCCUCCAGGGAUGUCUUCGUAAAUUCGUACAGAAAUUGCAUUGGGGAUUCCCUCUAGGAAAUUACUUCGGGAAUUAUUCCAUGGAUUCCUUCGGAAAUUGAUUCGAAAAUUCCUUUGGGAAUUCCUUCAGAGAUUGCUUUGGUAAUUCCUUCAGAGAUUAAAUCGGAAAUUCCUUCAGAGUUUCCUUUGCUAAUUCCUUUAGAGAUUUCUUUAGGACUUCAUUCGGGGAUUCAAAUGGGAAUUCAUCCAAAAAUUGCUGAAUUCCUCCUCGGAUUCCUUCGGGAUAUACUCCAGGGAUUGCGUUGGAAAUUCCUCCAGAGAUUCCUCCGAAAAUUCCUCAAAAAAAAUCAUUAGGAAUUUCUCUUGGGAUUCACAUGGGAUUAUUUUCCGGAAAUUCCUUUGGGAGUUUCCCCAAAGAUUCCUUCGGAAAUUUACUUUGGGAACUCCUCCAGGGAUUCCUUUUGGAAUUCUUCCGGGAAUCCCUUUGUGAAUUCUUCCACAUUACUUUGCGAAUUCCUUAAGGGAUUUCUCCGAAAAUUCAUUUAGGAACUCCCCCAGAGAUUCCUUUGGGAAUUCUUCCAGGGAUUUCUUUGGUAAUUCCUCCAGAUAUUCUUUUGGGAUUUUCGCCGGAGAUUCGUUUGGGAUUUUCUCCGGAUUCUUUGGGAAUUCAUUCGGGGAUUCCAAUGGGAGUUCCUUUGGGAAUUCAUCCAAGGAUUCCUUCGGGAUAUACUCCAGGAAUUGCUUCGGAAAUUCCUCCAAAAAUUUCUUUAGGAAUUUCUCUAGGGAUUCGUUUGGAACUUUUUCCCGGAAAUUUCUUUGAGAAUUUCUCCAGAAAUUCCUUCGGAAAUUUCUUUGGCAACUCCUCCAGGGAUUUCUUUUGGAAAUCUUCCGGGGAUUCCUUUGUGAACUCUUCCACAGAUUCAGAAAUUGAUUCUGGAAUUCCUUCAGGGAUUUCUCCGAAAAUUCAUUUAGGAAAUCCUGCAGAGAUUCCUUUGGAAAUUCCUCCAGGGAUUUCUUUGGUAAUUCCUACAGAUAUUCCUUUGGGAUUUUCUCCAGAGAUUCCUAUGGAAAUUCAUCAGGGGAUUCGUAUGGAAAUUCCUUCGGGGAUUCUUUAGGAAAUUCCUCCAAGUAUUUCUUCGGGAAUUACUCCAGAGAUUCCUUGGGAAAUUCCUCCAGGAAUUCAUUUGCAAAUUUUCUGGUGAUUCCUUAGGGAGUUUCUUCAGAAAUUGCUUUGGGAAUUCCUUCAGGGAUUUCUCCGAAAAAUCAUGUAGGAAUUCCUCCAGAAAUUCCUUGGGAAAUUCCUUUAGAAAUUCCUCCAGGAAUUCAUUUACAACUUUUUCUAGUGAUUCCAUAGGAAGUUUUUCCAGAAACUGCUUUGGGAUUUCUACGAAAAUUCAUUUAGGAAUUCUUCAGAGAUUUCUUUGGAAAUUCAUGCAGGGAAUCCUUUGGUAAUUCCUCCAGAUAUACCCAUGGGAUUUUCUCCGGAGAUUCCUAUGGGAAUUCCUCCGGGGAUUCUUAUGGAAAUUCAUCGGGAUUCCUUGGGAAAUCCUCCAGGUAUUGCUUCGAGAAUUACUCCAGUGAUUACUUGGGAAAUUCCUCUAGAAAUUCCUUCAGGAAUUCAUUUGCAACGUUUUCUGGUGAUUCCAUAGGAACUUAUCUAGAAACUGCUUUGGAAAUUCCUUCGGGAAUUUCUCCGGAGAUUAUUUUGAGAAUUCCUCCGGGGAUUCCUUUGGGUAUCCCUUCAGGGAUUUCUAUGAUAGUUUUUCUGCGGAUUCCUCCGGGAAUUCCUUUGAUUUCAUCGGGAAUUCAACCAGGGAUUUCAUCGGAAAUUCCCACAGGGGUUACUUCAAGGAAUGCUUCGGGAAUUCCUACAGGGAUUUUUUUGGUAAUUUCUCCAGAUAUUCCUUUGGGAUUUUCUCCGGAGAUUCCUAUGGGAAUUCCUCCGGGGAUUCUUAUGGAAAUUCUUCGGGAUUCCUUGGGAAAUCCUCCAGGUAUUGCUUCGAGAAUUACUCCAGUGAUUACUUGGGAAAUUCCUCUAGAAAUUCCUUCAGGAAUUCAUUUGCAACGUUUUCUGGUGAUUCCAUAGGAACUUAUCUAGAAACUGCUUUGGAAAUUCCUUCGGGAAUUUCUCCGGAGAUUAUUUUGAGAAUUCCUCCGGGGAUUCCUUUGGGAAUCCCUUCAGGGAUUUCUAUGGUAAUUUUUCUGCGGAUUCGUCCGGGAAUUCCUUUGAUUUCAUCGGGAAUUCAACCAGGGAUUUCAUCGGAAAUUCCCACAGGGGUUACUUCAAGGAAUGCUUCGGGAAUUCCUACAGGGAUUUUUUUGGUAAUUUCUCCAGAUAUUCCUUUGGGAUUUUCUCCGGAGAUUCCUAUGGGAAUUCCUCCGGGGAUUCUUAUGGAAAUUCUUCGGGAUUCCUUGGGAAAUCCUCCAGGUAUUGCUUCGAGAAUUACUCCAGUGAUUACUUGGGAAAUUCCUCUAGAAAUUCCUUCAGGAAUUCAUUUGCAACGUUUUCUGGUGAUUCCAUAGGAACUUAUCUAGAAACUGCUUUGGAAAUUCCUUCGGGAAUUUCUCCGGAGAUUAUUUUGAGAAUUCCUCCGGGGAUUCCUUUGGGAAUCCCUUCAGGGAUUUCUAUGGUAAUUUUUCUGCGGAUUCCUCCGGGAAUUCCUUUGAUUUCAUCGGAAAUCCAACCAGGGAUUUCAUCGGAAAUUUCCACAGGGGUUACUUCAACAAAUGCUUCGGGAAUUCCUACAGGUAUUUCUUUGGUAAUUCCUCCAGAUAUUCCUUUGGGAUUUUCUCCGGAGAUUCCUAUGGGAAUUCCUUCGGGGAUUCUUAUGGAAAAUCUUCCAGGUAUUCUUUCGGGAAUCACUCCAGAGAUUACUUGGAAAAUUCCUCUAGAAAUUCUUCCAGGUAAUCAUUUGCAACUUUUUCUAGUCAUUCCAUAGGGAGUUUCUCCCGAAACUGCUUUGAAAAUUCCUUCAAGAACUCCUUUUGGGAAUUCCUGCUGGGAUUUCUUUGGGAAUCCCUCCAGGGAUUUCUAAGGUAAUUUUUCCGCGAAUUCCAACCAAGGAUUUCAUCUGAAAUUACCACAGGGGUUACUUCAAUAAAUGCUUCGGGAAUUCCUACAGAGAUUCCAUGGGAAAUGCCAUUGGGAAUACCUACGGAGUCCAUCGUUAAUUAUCCCAGGGAUUACUGAAGAAUAUUCUCCACGGAGUUCUUCUGCAAUUGCUCCAGGAUUUCUUUCGGGAGUUCCUUUAGGGAUUACUUCUGAACAUUCACCAAGGAUUGUUUCCUGAUUUUUUUCUAGGAAUUCGUUCGGAAAUAUCUUCAGAAAUUCCUUAGGAAAUCUUUCCUGGAGUUUCCUUUGUAAUUCCUCCAGGGAUUCCUCUGAGAUUCCCACCAGAGAUUCCUUCUAAAAUCUCAAAAGUUUUCUUUCAUGAAUUCCCUUAGAGAUUCCCAUAGGAUUUGUAUUAGAAAGAAUUUAUAAGAGUUUCUGAAUUUUGGUAUUUUGGAGAAAUCCCUUCGUAUUGGUAGUUAUCUUUGCAGGAAUCUCUCGGUAUUUCUGAAUAAAUCUUAAGCCUAGAAAUAUUUCUGUCGUAAUCUUUGAACAAUUGUUCGUGAUAGAAUCCUGGAGAAGAAAAUGCUUCAUCCGUAAAAGAACCAAUCAAUCAAUUGGUCUUCACUGCACAUUUCGAUGGUGCAAAAAGGUUGAAAUUUGGCUAAUUAAUUCCUGAGAUAAGGCCUCGCAUCGACGUGUUUCACCCUGCUGGUAUGUAGCGCAUUAAUCAAUUUACCAUAAUUAGUAAACUAAUUUCUAGUAAUAUUUCAAUUUGAACUAUUGUCGUUGGCCAGCCUGAAAGAAUCAAUCCUAGGAAGCAACACCACAAAAAAAAGUGUUAAAAUCAACAAUAAUGGAACAUACCCAUAUAUAUUUGUACGUAGUCCCGCACAAACUCGGAACAAAUGAACAAUAAACCGCAAUGCUCAGCACGCCCUGGUAUCUUCCGAAAGGGUGGCAGUAAUUUAUACACACAAAAACAAAAACUAUAGCGAAACAGAUCAGAUCAGUACGUAGCCUAGGCAUCGCCCAUUUUUUGCUGCAUCGCUAAUCUCAUCUCACCGUCGUCGCCGCCGCCAGUCGAUCCCAGCGCAAAAACUAAUUAAAUCAUAAUGAAAACGUUUAGCUUCCACUGACUGUGCCGAAGACAUACAACCCUCGAACAAUUGACUGAGGAUUGAGGAAGAGAGAGAGUGCGGAGGGUGGCGAAACGACGACGCUAGGUUCAUAUUUAAAUCAAUUCAAUAACAGAACAAACGAAAUGAAACAAAAAAAAACAACUCGAACUCAUGUUGAAUUUAAUCAAGGGAAAGAAAAAAGAAAUGAUAGAUUGCCUUUUUCUGCGCAGGUGCUGGUUGCUAUAACCGCAGCAGUAGCAGAAAUAGCAGCCGCACACCCCAGGAAGAGGGAAGUGAGAGCAAACCUCGAAAAUUAGUGCACUGAUAUAUUAUAUUGCUACGGCGCGAGGGCCCGAGAGAGCGUACCUAGGGCGGUUACGGGCCCAUACGAGGGGAACUGAAAGAAAUACAGCAACAAUCUAUACAGCAACUAUGUAACAUUUUUGGUCGCAAAAAUAAAAGCACUUUAUCAAUUGCCGCGCGAA